AGAAGCUUUUCCUCUUUAAAGGCGGCGAUGGAAAACGGCGGCUUGUAGGCGGCGAUGGAAAACGGAUCAUACAGAUAUGAAAUUCUCAAGAUCGAUGGACUGCGGGUCACACGUUACUCGGCUUAUCCUGUGUUCGUGCUUCUUCUCUUGAUCUAUGUGUUCAUUAUGGUGUCUAACCUUGGCAUCAUCAUGAAGAUAGCGAUGGAAAAAGCUCUUCACAAACCGAUGUACCUUCUUUUCUGUAACCUCCCUGUGUGUGAUGCACUCAGUGCUUCCUCUGUACUGCCUGGUUUACUCAAAGACAUUCUGACCGAAUCUGACAGGUAUAUCAGCUAUGUCGCUUGUGUAAUUCAAGCCUUUGGGGCUCACUUGUCGAGUACAAGUUCACACACUAUAUUAAUGAUCUCCCUCACUAUUAGGCUUUCUCAUUGUACUUCAACAAUCUCAAAUCCUUACUGUGAUAAUCCUUCACUGUUUAAACUGUCGUGUGAGAAUUUGUUGCUAAAUCAGAUCUUUGGCUUGCUUUCUUCCGUCAUGCUUUGGACUCUGUCCGUAUCAUGCAUCGGUCUUACUUAUAUAAAAAUUGCCUACGUUUGCUGUAAAAAUGAAAGCGGCACAAUGAAGCGUAAGGCUAUAAAAACAUGCAGCACCCAUCUGAUUGUGUAUCUCAUUUUACUUGGAUGUGGUUGCACUGUAAUUAUUUUGCACCGUUUCACAGUUUACGAGGAACUUCGGAAUCUAGCCAGUAUCUUAUACCAUGUUGUUCCUACAAGCCUGAACCCCGUCAUAUACGGCCUUCAGACCACAGAAAUACGACAGGGGCUCAAGCUGAUUUUCCAGAGGAGGAAAGUGAUUCCAAGAUGA